AUGGGGGCCGCACUGUCCCAACCUGAGGGCAACGGCGUCGAGGACAACGCCAUGCCCGACCUGGAGAUCGGUCGAUCCACCAUAAGCAACAUUCUGCAGUCAGUUCUACCGUUUGCUUCCCCGCCAUCGGUAGCGCAGCUCGUGCGUUCGCUGUGGGGGCUGGGCUCCCUCACCCUUGUUUUGUCCUUGACCACUGUGCUCCACCUGCCAGCUGCAGGGCCCGUCUUCGGGCACUACAGGGAAGCCUAUUACACCAUUCUCGCGACCGUCCUCCUUGUCGUUGUGCCGGUGGAGCUGGGGACCGCCUUUUUCUUGCCACGCUGCAACAACAGGGGCCGACUCCUCAGCUUGCAUUCGUGCUGCUCCUCGUCGUCAUCUCGUCCAGGAAUGCUAUCCUUGGAAGUUAGUCUUCUAUCAAUUCUAAUUCAAGGAAAUGAAGCCAGUGGUAUGAUUUCUUUGGCGCGCAACUUAAUUUGUUAUCGCUGGUGCUGUAGCUAG